AUGUGCAAGUCGUUUGUUCUUUUUCUGGCUUUCACCACAGCUUACGCCGAUGGGUUCACAAGGGUGCCGCUGUUCCGCAUGCAGUCCGUGCGCAAGCACUUUCAUGAAGUGGGCACCGAGUUGCAGCAAGUAAGGCUUAAGUAUGCAGCAACAGGGCCAGCACCUGAGCCUUUGUCUAAUUACCUUGAUGCGCAAUACUACGGGCCGAUCUCCAUAGGCAACCCGCCGCAGUCGUUCAAGGUGGUGUUCGACACGGGCUCCUCAAACUUGUGGGUGCCCUCCAAGAAGUGCCACUACACCAACAUCGCCUGCUUGCUACACAACAAGUACGACAGCAGCAAGUCGCGCUCGUACGUCAAGAACGGCACCGACUUCGCGAUCCACUACGGCUCCGGCAGCCUCUCCGGCUUUCUUUCGCAAGAUGACGUCACCGUGGGCGGCAUCGCGGUGCGCGGACAGGUGUUCGCGGAGGCGCUGUCGGAGCCGGGGCUGGCCUUCGUAGCCGCCAAGUUCGACGGCAUCCUCGGCAUGGCCUUCAAGAGCAUCGCGGUGGACGGCGUGACGCCGGUGUUUGACAACAUGGUGGCGCAGGGCCUCGUCAAGCCCGUCUUCUCCUUCUACCUUAACCGAGACGCUAGUGCUGCUCAGGGCGGGGAGCUGAUCCUGGGAGGAUCGGAUGCUGCGCACUACCGCGGCAACUUCACGUACGUGCCGGUGCGGCCCAGCUACUGGCGCUUCCGCAUGGACGCCGUCCAGCUGCACGGACACACCUUCUGCGCACAGGGGUGCGACGCGAUCGCGGACACCGGAACUUCGCUGGUGGGGGGACCCACGCAGGAGGUGGCGGCCUUGAACCGUGCUCUCGGUGCCACUCCCAUCGCCUUUGGACAGUACGCCGUCGAUUGCUCCCUCAUACCCAGUUUGCCGAAGGUCACCUUCACCAUCGGUGGCACCACCUUCGAACUCGACGGCACCGACUACGUGCUAAGGGUGUCGCAGUUCGGCAAGACGGUGUGUCUGUCUGGCUUCAUGGGGCUGGACAUCCCGCCCCCCAACGGGCCGCUGUGGAUCCUGGGCGACGUGUUCAUCGGCAAGUACUACACCGAGUUUGACGUCGCCAACCAGCGCCUGGGCUUCGCGCCCGCAGUGUAG